UCGACUUUUCGAGCAUGUUUUAGAACUUUCUGGUUAAAAUACCAGUAGAUCCUUACCGAUCCUUUAUCCUUGUUUCUCUGCCCGCACUCGAGUGCAGAUCAUACAGUCCUGUCGUAAUUGUAGUGCCAGUUGAAGUUCGCUUGUGUUUUCCUAAUUGGAAUAACGAUGGCCAAGUGGGGCGAAGGAGAUCCACGGUGGAUCGUCGAAGAGAGGCCAGAUGCCACUAAUGUGAAUAACUGGCACUGGACAGAGAAGAAUGCAUCCCAGUGGUCUAAAGAUAAGAUUGAUGAACUCUUAAAUGGCCUGGAAAUAAAUGACAUAAUUGGUAACUGUGUUAUAACUGAAAUAGAGAAGAUGGAAGGAGAAGCCUCUGCUAACAAUCGCAAGGCUAAACUCAUUUUUUUCUUUGAAUGGACCCUCCAUCUCAAGUGGAGUGGAAAAGUGAGUGGUACCACUAAAAACAUAGAAGGCACCGUCAUCAUCCCCAAUUUGAGUGACGAAAACAAUGCCGAUGAGGUUGAUGUCAACGUCACAACAUCUGCUACAGGCCCUGAUGCAGAUGCCAUGAAGCAGUUGAUGCGAACUGUAGGGGCCAAAGAGAUCAGAGAACAACUUGCAAAGUACAUUAAAAGUUUAAAAGAAGAUUUUACCCAAGGUAUGAUUUUACCGAAAAAGGAUACAGAAGUCAAAAAUGGCGACAAGACCCAAGUUACCAAGGAUCCCGGUGUGAAACUGCCAUCUUCUGUUAGUACUCCCGAUAUGAAACAAUUGCAGAUUGGAGUAAAGGUUGAAAUGCAAUCGUAUACGUGCAACCAGAAUUUCAAAUGCCCACCAGUUGAACUGUACAACGUCCUAACGCAACCCGAAUUGAUGCGAGCAUUUACCUGCGCCUCGGUGCAGGUCAAUCCUUCGGUCGGAGGCAAAUUCAAUCUCUUUGAAGGCAACAUAACCGGGACCUUUGUUGAACUGUUGCCCAACAAGAAAAUUGUCCAGAAGUGGAGAUUUAGAACCUGGCCAGAAGGUCAUCAUUCGACGGUGACUAUAGAACUGAAAGAUGAAGGAGACUCUACGAAGUUGUCGUUGAGUCAGAGUGGAAUUCCCUCUACCGAAUUCGACAAAACUGUCGAAGGAUGGCAAAGAUACUAUUGGGAAGCGAUCAAACGAACUUUUGGUUUCGGCGCAUUUCUUCUUUGAUCACCGGCCAGACAAAAUGACAUACCUCUCCUAUCGCUCUCACAAAAAUCCUUUUGUCGCCUGUAUUUGAGCUAUUUACACUUGUCUGCUGUCA